GGGAUUAUUUUCUACGUCGCGUGCUUCGUCGUAGCGAUGCGUGAUUGAAGCCAGGGAAACUUCUUUUUGGGAAAAGCGCCACCGGGACUACUUUGCGUCAACUCCGGAAACACACGCUUGUCGCGUGUCGUUUGUCGCUAAAAUGUCGUUUCAUUAGUCAGAAUGAAAUACGGAUUAUCUGAAAUGUUGAAAAUCGAGCGGCGGCGGCUUUAAAUUGAACAAUUCUAGCACCCCGCGGAAGGAUUUAAUUUUCUCGAGCGAGAGAGAGGGUCGACACAUCCGCCCAGUUUUCCGAUGCCUCCCCUCCCCUUGUUGAAAAUGGAGUUCGAUUAAAGCAGAUGUCCGCCAACUUCUGAGGGGGGGAAUUAAAAACUCGUUUUUCUCUCCCUUCUAAGCGCAUUUGUGAAGAAACCCCAUUUUGUGGUUCCACUCCAGUAUCCCUCGCUAUCUUCCUUUUCCCUCCCGGGCGUCGAGGUUGCCUUUAAGCGGACAUUACUCGGACACGUUGGCGGAGUGAGGCUGGCUUUCCAACAAGGCGCUGCUUCAAGUGUCGUCCCGGAGAGCUCUCAAGUUGGCGAAUGGAUGCUCGACAGCCAGCCACGACUAUUCCGCCGCCGAAUGUGACAGGCUUCAACACUUUUUGUGUUUUUUGAGGAUAUACACACACGCAGCGAGGGGCUUUUUUUUAAAAAUCGAUUUUAUCUCCCCACCAAACCGGACCUUGUUUGGAAAGAAGAUGGCUAAUUUUGUGUUGUGGUCGGAUUUUACUUCCAGGGAGGAGAAGGCAAAAUUGUCAUUCUUCCUCCUCGCAAUUUAACGGCUAAUGCUAGCUCCACUUUUUUUUUUUUUUAUUCUCCAUGUUUUUUUUUUCAUCGAAGGGGAGCAUUCUUACACUUUUUACCGAGCACUCCACCCUUAAUAAACACCUAACGAAAACACGACACGGUUGUACGUAUGUGGAGAAAAUGGUGAAUUUUGUGCGAUUUUGUCCCGCCGUCACAGCGCCGUCGAUGCUAGUGCUAGGAUUCGGAUCUCCGUGAGGAAGAAAAUGAGUGAAGAUUCAACAAAUCCAAACAAUGAUGACAGUUAUGCGCGUGUGAGAGCAGUGGUCAUGACGCGGGAUGACUCCAGCGGCGGAUGGCUUCCCUUGGGCGGCGGCGGCCUCAGCUGCGUUACCGUCUACAAGGUCAGCCAGGCGGACGACGGCAACAGCACCCACAGCAGUGGCACCCGGGGCAGCACGGGCAACCUCAGCCCUAGUAGCCCAAGUCCGACGCCCAGUCCCAGCCCAAGCCCCAGUCCCACGGCGGUGGAGUUCUACAUAAAGGGGGAGCGGCUCAAAGACAAAGUGGUGGUGCUGGAGUGUGUCCUUCACGAGGGCCUCGUGUACAACAAGAUCAACCCCAUCUUUCACCACUGGAGGAUCAACGACAAAAAGUUCGGGCUGACCUUCCAGAGCCCCGCCGACGCCCGCGCCUUCGAUCGAGGCAUCCGCAGGGCCAUUGAGGACAUCAACCAAGGCUGUCGACCGUUUGGCGACGGGGAUACUCCAGAGAACGGACUACCUGCGUGUGAGGAGCCUCCCUCCAUCUGCACGCCAAUGAAGGAGCCCUUCUCCCCCCUGAACAAUGUGGUGUCCACCGAGCCCUUCAGGGGCUGCUAUGUACGCGCUCAGCCCUUUGACGAGUUCAACUCCGGCAACCGACGUUACCUGCCGCCGCAGGUGUCGUUCAAAUCGACCCGCCACGUCAGCUUUCACAUGGACGAGGAGGAAAUCGUCCGCAUCAACCCGCGCAAGGACGUACUCAUCCGCGGAUACGAGGACUACCGCCACCCGUUCAUGUGGAAGCAGGAGGCGGAGCGCGAGGACACGGACUUCCCGGCCCCCUUCCACAAACUGGACGGCAAGAAGUGCGAGUACCUCUUCCCCGACGGCCCCGGCGGGGACCUCCGCUCGGGCCCCGCCCGUGGCAUGGACCUCGGCCUGGGCAAGGACACGGCUAUCAAGACUCAGCCCUCGCCGCUGCUCAAGUCCAAGAAGGGGCGGCGGCGGCGAGAGGACGGCGAGCGCUCGCGCUGCAUUUAUUGCCGUGAGAUGUUCAACCACGAGGACAACUGGCGGGGGCAGUGCCAAGACGCCCCCGACCCCAUCAAGCAGUGCAUCUACAAAGUCAGCUGCAUGCUGUGCGCCGAGAGCAUGCUCUACCACUGCAUGUCCGACUCGGAGGGCGACUUCUCGGACCCGUGCUCGUGCGACACGUCCGACGAGCAGUUCUGCCUACGCUGGCUCGCCCUGGUGGCGCUGUCCUUCAUCGCGCCCUGCAUGUGCUGCUACCUGCCGCUGCGCGCCUGCCACCACUGCGGCGAGGCGUGCCGCUGCUGCGGGGGCAAGCACAAGGCGGCCGGGUGACCCCGCGCCGCCCCUCUGGGACCCCCUCAAAGUUAGCUAACACAGGAAGCGGAUCAAUUCAACGCCGGCAUCCUUUUUUUCCCCCCGCAUCCCACCCCGCCCACUCUCUGGGACGGGGGUGGUGUUGUUGAUCGCCAGCUCUGAGGGCUUUUGGAGAUUUCAGUUUGCGUUUGUCGCCGACGAGCUGCAGCGGAGGACAAACUUAAGCUUUGCGAUGAGCUAAGUCCGGACGAGGAGACGAGGACAUUGAGAUUAACAGACUUGGAGAUGUUACUAAAUGCACCGCACACGCACGCAUACAUUGACACACACCUGGCCAAACUCUACUCCAAGAAACGUGCAACUUUAUGAAGGAAACUUGUCUUUUUGUACAGAGACAACAACAAAACACAACUAUUCAGAAAAAUAACUUGCUGUUUGAGUAUGCUAAAAGGGAUACAUAUGUUCUUAUGCUUAUUUUGUGUGAUGUUGCAGUCGGGUAACAGUGGUGGCCUUUCCUUCCCUUCAUCACAGUGUAAUUAGUAGACAGGGGGAAAAAAAAAAAAGUCUCACAUCGGCCCCUUCCCCAUUUUAGCCAUUUCUUGUCAUUUAAACUUGAUUCACUUAGCCUCUGCCUCACGUCGGCCAUUUUCAUUGCAUUCCAAAACAAAGGGACUCAUUCCAUUUGUGAGAAGGGAAAAUGGUAACUUUUUUUUUUUUUUACCAUGCCGAUUCCCUCCAAACUGCCCAAAAAUGUUGCGAAAGAUGACAAUUGAAAGCCCACUUACUUACUGCUGUUGUCAUUUUUUUUUUCUCCUGUUCACCUCCUGAUUCAAAGCGGAGAUUUUGCUCAACCAGCAAGUUUUGUUUCGGUGUGAGAAGGUUGACGGUGCUCCUGUUGGAUUUGAUUUUUUUUUUUUUUUUUUUUUUAAAGAAAACAACCAGGCACUUAAAAACGAGGCUUCUUCUUUGACUGAGACGGCCUUCUCCAAUUAAGGAAUUUGUCUGAGGAAAAGCACUGCUCUCCGAGCUUUUGGUUGCAGCACCCCUCCACCUUCAAAAAGUCCCAUGUUUGUCCUAGACUUUGAUUUUAUUUGAUUUUAAUCCUCCUUUGUGCGCCUCCUCAUGUCGCCAGUCCACUCCUUCAUGUGUCUUCGUUUUAAUAAGCCCUGAAUGAAUGAGUGCAUUGUUUCAGGAAUGUUGAGUAUCUCAGCAAUUAAGUACAUACAGAUGGUGUGUGUGUGAGUGUGUGUGUGUGUGCGCGCGUAGGCCUACACGCGCCGGUAACGUCCUGACCGACGACCCUUUGGACAAACACGUUAAAAGAAAUAUUUGUUCUUUUGGAGAUUCCAGACUUCUCUCGCCGCAGCUAACAACUUAGCAGCAAUAUACACAAAAAAAUCUGAGCUGGUUCAAAGAAACAAAAUGCGGCACAAAACUGUUGCUUUUAGUUUCUUAAUGAAGCUUCAAACACCAGCAAACAAAAUAUGGUAACAGGAAGCUUGAUUUCUUUUUUUCACCAAUUGAAUUUGCGUAGGUGAAAGUAUCGCAUACAUUCAGCGUGAUCGUAAAGAAAAACUAAAUCGGCUGAAGAUCUCAUCGUAUUACAGGGAGUCCUUGGUUUGCGUGUAGUCUCUCACUACCUUUUUACAGCGUAGUUUCUUAUUAACCGAUGCUAGAAAAGUAUUAACAUGAAAAAACAUUUCGAAACCAUAAAUGUAAGACUAAUAUUUUUAUUGUACGCUAAGUACGGCGGUAGCUUCUUGUAAUACGUGACCACAAAUUUUUACGCCCCUUACUUAUUUGCACGCUUUUUGUAACCUCCAAACACUGCAUGACAUGUAAACCGAGGACCCCGAGAAAUUCACUUUUGUGCUGCAUUUGAGAUCACAGGGAAAUCUGAAAUAUCCGACUUAACAACAAAAUGGACUGACCAUUGACACACCUUGAUAAGCUAAUAUUUUGCUUUGUUUAGAAACUUUGGGUCUUGGAUCUUGCAAUACAUUUACUCACUAAUUUCCACAUAGCUCUGGAAAACAAUAGAGACCACAGCAACGGAUUUUGCAUUUUAUAGGUAUUAACCUACUGACACCAUAACACCCAAAUUCGAAAUCCAGUUUUUGUCAGUGAAAGCAUUUAUUUUCAAGAAUUGAAUUAUGGUCAUAAUAAUGUUCCCAAAAAAGGUCUUGUGUUUUUUUUGUUAGUUUUGUGUUUAAAUCUUGUGUGACAACAAAUUUGUACAUCAAUCUAGCAAAUUGAGUAGAAAUAAUCAGACAGAAACAAUGCCCGCUAUGUUAAACAUUUUUGAAUGACACACCAGAUGACACUGACAACUUCCUGAAUUGUCAGAAAACUCGUCAUUGCAGCCGAGUCGUUGACUCCAUUGCUUUCAAAAGUGUGGGAACUCCACAGUCCAUUCACUUUAGAUAAAAAAUACAUAAACGUGGACAAAAACACUACGUUUAGCACAAACCAUAACAAUUUGGGAGUCUUUCUUUUUUAUUUGUAAUCUUUCUAUGCAAUCUUCCGACACUCUUAAAGACUGACAGUACACGUGUGUUUCUUUUAAGACCUUCAUAGGUAGUAAAUAGUCAUCGUAGAUGAGCCUCCUCCCCCUUUGGUACCAAACACCUGUAAAUACGCAACACUGUAUUUAAGUACUGAUGAUAAUAAUAAUAAUAAUAAUAACUGGCUUGUUUUGUCUUUGAGCUUGUCUUUAAAGAUAGAGCUGUAUUUAUCGCGGCUGUCAGCAUUAUCUACGGUAGCUUCUAUUGACAGCAUACUUGUGUACAUAGGUCCACCUUUUGUAGUAUUAUUUCACAUUGAAAAGUAGAGGGCAUUUGCAACGGGUCGGGCGGGGGCUAAACAAAACAAAAUGAUCAUUGAGCUCCUAGUAAAAGUUUCUCGCUAGUUUUGUACGCUAAACAGAAGGAUAGCGCUAACGGUACAGGAGUAGCACUCCACUCGCUUUGGAAAUUUUAUAUAUGAAUAUAAAUAUAUAUAUAUCUAUAAAGACAUGAAUUUAAGGCUGCUAGAUACAAUCACUAAUUUUAUUGUGCUGACAGAGAAAAUUAGCUAUGAACGACUGUUAAAACCUAAUUCUCCAACAGCAUUAAGCAUUUUUUUUUUUUUUUUUGUGAGACGUAUGUGUGUGUUUUGUGUGUUUGGGUCUGUGUUUCCUGUCGUCAAGCUGAACCAAGGUUGGAUGAAGCUGAUUAAAAACUUGCUGGCUGACAAAAUGUAGGAUGUGCAUUUUUUUUUUUUAUUCCUGCUCU